AUGUGUGAUGCAAGUGAUUAUGCAGUAGGUGUUGUGUUGGGGCAACGGAAGGGUAGAAUGUUUCAUACUAUCUAUUAUGCUAGCAAAGUUUUGAAUGAUGCUCAGAUUAACUAUGCCACCACUGAGAAAGAAUUGCUGGCAAUCAUUUAUGCACUUGAGAAAUUUCGAUCUUAUCUGGUGGGAUCAAAGAUAGUGAUUUACACUGACCACGCAUCAAUUAAAUGGAGACCUUGGUUUGCUGAUAUGGCUAAUUUCAAGGCAGCCGGUGUCAUUCCCAAAUACCUCAAUUGGCAGCAGAGAAAGAAAUUCUUUCAUGAUGCCCGAUAUUAUAUUUGGGAUGAUCCACACUUGUUCAAAGUAGGUGCAGAUAAUCUUCUUCGAAGAUGCGUGACAAGAAAUGAAUACAUUUUGGUAGCUAUAGCCACUUCAAGAAAUGAUGCUAAGACUGUGGUGAAGUUUAUCAAGAAGAAUAUUUUUGCUCGAUUUGGGGUACCUCGAAUCUUAAUAGUGAUGGUGGUUCGCAUUUUUGUAAUACUCAACUUCAAAAGUAAGCUGAAAUCCAAAUGGUAUGGACCCUUUGUUAUCAAGAAAGUUCGAUCUUAUGGUGCAAUAAAGCUAUAUGACCCACAAUCUCAGAAUCCUAACAGAAUAUGGGUAGUAAAUGGCCAGAGGUUGAAACUGUACCAUGGGAGAAACAUCUUGCCAGAGAGGAAGGUGGAGCUCUACCACACUGAGUUUGAUGAUUUUAAGAUUGAGUUGGAGAGGCGUAAUCUUCAUAAACGCCUCACCAAUUUGGUUGAUGGGAGCAUAGAUGUGGCUUUAGUGAAAGAGUUUUAUGCAAACCUAUACAGCUCUGAGGGUCCUUCACCAAAGCAAGCCAAGGUUAGAGGCCAUCUAGUGAAGAUUGAUGCUGAGGGUGAGACUUUGCCCACAUACUUUUGGAGCUAA